AUGCUCUCCAUUCUGCGCAAAGCAAGACUCAAGGAUAAGGAGUUGCGCAUCUUGAUGCUCGGUCUUGAUAAUGCAGGCAAAACUACCAUUGUCAAAAGGAUAAUGGGCGAGGAUGUCAACACUGUCAGCCCCACCCUCGGCUUCAUCAUCAAGACGAUCGACUACGACGGGUAUGUUCGCACUUCUUGGGGAACUCACCACGGGGACGUUGGCGGCCAAAAAACACUCCGUUCAUACUGGCGCAAUUACUUUGAGAAAACGGAUGCCUUGAUUUGGGUGGUCGAUGCUACCGACAGGUUGCGCAUCGAGGACUGCAGAGAGGAGCUGCAUGGUUUGCUUCAGGAAGAGCGUCUUUCCGGGGCAAGCUUGUUGGUGUUUGCCAACAAGACCGAUGUUGCUGGGUGCAUGGGCAGCGAUGAAAUGCUGAAGGCUCUGCGGCUCGACGAAAUCCGGACGCACAAAUGGAAUAUCCUCCGGUGUAGUGCUAUGACUGGAGAGAACCUCAAGGAAGGAUUGGCCUGGGUUGUUGAGGAUGCCAAGGCCCGCCUCUUUUUGUACUGA